AUUUAUCUCACUAUUGUAUCUUAUAUUAAAAAAACUGACUAAAUCCCAAUCCCACAGCUCUUCAUUGCGCGCUCCUCAAAGAUCUAGCCGAGAAUGUCAAGAGAAGAAAAGAAUAUGUUAUUAACACUUCUCUUGCGUGGCGAUUUGACUGUGUUCAGAAUGCUGUUGCAUGGGCACUUUUUUUUAAUUCCUACUGUUCAUUUAUUCUUCCCUUUUUCGUCUAGUUUCGUAAUUUUUGUAAUCUUAACUUCGAGUGGAAGAAUCGAGGAUUAGCAUUAGCUAAUUGCUUCUAGCUUAAACAAUGGGCACCUUUUAUAAAGGGUCUUAAUGAGUGGUUAGAGGAACAUAGGGAUGAUUGGCUUCCGAUGUGUUGAUGAGGGGAAUAGAUGUAGAUGCUUUGUGGAUGUGUAAGCGAAGGUAGUAGGUUGCAGCUGUAGCUAUAGACAA